AGGUCAAAUGUACCAAAAAUCAACGGCGUUAGAUUUGGAAACAAGUCCCUAGCGAGAACAAGCUUCAUUCCGUCUGUUGGGUUCCGUUAUAUAUACCGGCCGCAGGGAGAUCAAGCUCGCAGUUGCUUUCUCGCUCUCUUCAGCUCUUCUGUUCCACAAGAAAAAUCGAGUAAAAAAGGAAAAUGGGGAGCUCAGGAUUCGACUGGAAAUUGCCGGAUCACCCUAAGUUGCCGAAGGGGAAGGUCAUCGGACUCAUCGUUUUGGAUGGGUGGGGCGAGGCCAACGCCGACCAGUACAACUGCAUCCAUGUCGCCGAGACCCCCGUCAUGGAUUCGCUCAAGAAGGGUGCUCCUGAAAGAUGGAGGUUAGUGAGAGCACACGGAACUGCUGUGGGACUUCCCACAGAGGAUGAUAUGGGCAACAGUGAAGUGGGUCACAAUGCCCUCGGCGCCGGGCGUAUUUUUGCCCAGGGUGCUAAGCUUGUUGAUGCUGCACUUGCUUCCGGGAAAAUUUUCGAGGGAGAAGGUUUUAAGUAUGUUAAGGAAUCCUUUGCGACUAACACUUUGCAUCUCAUUGGUUUAAUGAGUGACGGUGGAGUUCAUUCUCGGCUUGAUCAAUUGCUAUUGUUGCUUAAAGGAGCUAGUGAACAUGGUGCUAAAAAGAUCCGUGUUCAUGUUCUCACUGAUGGACGUGAUGUUCUGGACGGUUCAAGUGUGGGAUUUGCAGAAAUCCUUGAAAAUGACCUUGCGAAAUUGCGUGAGAAAGGUGUGGAUGCACAGGUUGCGUCUGGUGGUGGUCGUAUGUAUGUCACCAUGGAUCGUUAUGAGAAUGAUUGGAGCGUCGUAAAACGAGGAUGGGAUGCCCAAGUUCUUGGUGAAGCUCCCUAUAAAUUUAAGCAUGCAGUUGAAGCUAUCAAGACGUUGAGGGCGGAACCAAACGCCAAUGACCAGUAUCUACCUCCUUUUGUUAUUGUUGACGACAGUGGAAAGCCUGUUGGCCCGAUCGUGGAUGGUGAUGCUGUUGUUACAUUCAACUUCCGUGCUGACCGUAUGGUUAUGAUUGCCAAGGCGCUUGAGUAUGCCGAUUUUGACAAGUUUGAUCGAGUUCGAGUCCCAAAAAUCCGUUAUGUCGGUAUGCUUCAGUAUGAUGGUGAGCUGAAGCUUCCAAGUCGUUACCUUGUAGAACCCCCAGAGAUUGAUAGAACAUCUGGUGAAUAUCUUACGUACAAUGGUGUCCGCACUUUUGCCUGCAGUGAGACUGUUAAGUUUGGCCAUGUCACUUUCUUCUGGAACGGCAAUCGUUCUGGUUAUUUUAACGAUAAAAUGGAGGAGUAUGUGGAAAUUCCAAGCGAUAGUGGAAUCACAUUCAACGUCCAACCAAAAAUGAAGGCAGUCGAGAUUGCUGAAAAGGCCAGGGAUGCUAUUCUUAGUGGAAAGUUUGAGCAGGUUCGUGUUAACCUUCCAAAUGGCGACAUGGUGGGGCACACAGGCGACAUUGAGGCCACAAUUGUUGCUUGCAAGGCUGCUGAUGAAGCCGUCAAGAUAAUUCUUGAUGCAAUCGAGAGGGUUGGUGGAAUUUACGUCGUCACUGCUGAUCAUGGUAACGCUGAGGAUAUGGUGAAGAGAAAUAAGACCGGGCAACCUCUUCUCGACAAGAGUGGCAACAUUCAAAUUCUUACUUCCCAUACUCUACAGCCAGUCCCAAUUGCAAUUGGAGGUCCUGGACUUGCACCCGGAGUCCGUUUCCGCAAGGAUCUUCCUAGCGGCGGGCUGGCCAAUGUUGCUGCAACUGUGAUGAACCUGCAUGGAUUCCAGGCUCCUAGCGACUACGAGCCAUCCCUCAUCGAAGUUGCUGAUAACUAGGAAGGCCAGAGAAAAGAACUCACUCUAGUUUUUCCUAAAUUUUGACUUAGGUUUACGAACGCCAUGGAAAGAGGGUUGUCGGUUACGGUUUGUUUAUUAAGUAAGUUCGAACAAUGUCUGCUCACAGUAGCUUCCGUGGGCGAGUACGCUAAUUGGAUCAUUGUCUAAGGAGAAUGACAGAACAAGAAAGAUACAAAAAAUGGAAUUUUUUUGCUAUUAUUUUAUGCUCUAUCAAUUACCAUUGAGGUUGUGUUGUCUUGAAAUAUCAGUGUAUGAAGGACAAUGUUUUUCGGAUUGAAGGUUUUAAAUCUCAGUUUAUAAUUUUUUUGUC